GUUGCUUAUGUCUAAUGUGGAUCUGUCGAAGCAGUGUCUCUCAGCCCACGUUCGUCUUCGGUCGGUAGAGCAAUUUCCUCGGUGAGAUUUUCCUAACCUAGUCCUGUGGCAGCGCCAACUUUGUAGCAUCUGCCAGUUCUUGGUAGGACAGUACCAAGAGAAAAGUGUGUUUUCUCUAAUCAAUCCGCCUUUGGUUUUGGUUCUUCGCGGUUUUUCCACCGUAUACCGUGUACGGAUGUCAGUUUGUUGAUGAGUGUAUUUGUGCGAAACAAGGACAUUAAACUUGGUAAAGAAUACUCCAGGGGGAAAGCGCGUGUGAGUUCUAAAUCGUAAAAAGCUAGCCUCCAGAGUGGGCGGUGGUGCGAUGCGGAUCAACUAACGACCUCCCCAAAAGGCCAAGUCUCUCGUGCGCUGUGUUGUGUUGUCCUAGUGCGGGCUUCCGGUGAGGAAAAGUCCUACAUUGUGUAAAUGAGAGGUUAAUCUUGUGGUGGCAGGGGAAAACAAACCAUCAGAAACAAAGCAGCACAAGUGUUCUUUGAUCCUUUUGUGGCGUUCGCUCGUUUCCCCGGUGAAAGCACGUGUUUUUGCAAUAGAAUCGAGUCCUGAUACAGAGAAUAAUAGAGCUGCCACCGACAUCACUAGCAGUCAAGUUAGUCUCACCAAUUGCGUUGUGAGUUUGUGUUCGUACGAUCAGUGCGGGAUUGUGGAAAGUGUCAAAACGAGCAAAUGGCAAAAUAGCAAAAUAGCAGAACGCGCCGUCUGUCGAUGUCAGCUGAGUUCAGCCAACAACAGAAACAGAAACAACUACAGCACGCCUCGCUGAAUGACAGGAGCCUUGUGGCCAAAGCAGCACAACGGAAGACAACGCUAAUCAUCGGAACAAAUCAGAAGGAUAAGCUGAAAACAACAACAACAACAACAACAACGUCGACAUCAUCAUAAUCAUCGUCAUUACAAUUCUGGUCAUCAUCGGCAGCCGUCUCCAACCGGUGGGAAUAAUUUCGUUUGGUAAGUCCCGCGCACCGCCCGUUCAGAACGCGAUCAACAGCCGACCGGACAAGACGCGACGCCGUCGAGAAACCGCCGACAGUUGUUCGUACAUGCGUUUUUAAUUCAUUUGCCCCUCCGCCGGCCAGCUUCCAGUGGACCAGGGGGAAUCCGUUUAACCCUCGCGUGUGGUCAGUGCUGUUGUGGGAGAUCACGUCGGGAGUAGGAAAAAAUAACAACAACAACACCAAGCAACCGAAUAAUUAAUAAGCCAAUUCAGAGACAGGAGAUUAUGCAAUAUCGGUACUUCUACAACGGAACAUUAUUGUCUAGAAACGAUAGUAGUAACAGCAUCAGCAGCAUCAGAAGUAAUAUCAGUGAUUGUAUUGGUAAUAGGUGUAACGUCGAAAGAAGUGACUCCCGCGUCGUGGAUGUGCUUCGAGCAACCGGCUGCGAUACGGUCAAUGAGAGCCAGGAAAAAAGUGUCGGGUUUUAGCUGCCGCCACCAGGCGAACCAAUCGAGCCGUGAAGAAGCUCUGCUAGUGUCAUCCGAGAAGCGGCCGUAGAAGCAACAGCAGCAGCAGUAUUUUGUCGCGUGAAGUUGUUCUUCGUUGUCAUCACAGAGAACCGAACGAACGGUCGGGGCGAUUUGCCCGUGUCAAUAAAGAUCUCGAAAAGUUCGUUCCGCGCUGGCCCAACCAGAAGCAGCAGCAGCAGCAGCAGGAGAAGAAGCAGGAACAGUGGCCGCAGUGUUGUUGAUGUUUAAUAUUAAUUUGUUUAGCUCUUAGUUGGUUUUUGCCGUUUCAUUCGCCUCGUCGUCGUUUGUCGUUGUGUCGAUUGAUUUUUUGGGCGCAGGUCGUCGAUUGUUUUGUUCCGUUAUUCGCGCGAUACGACACUAGAAAAAAGUGCCCAGUAAGGUGUGUUGUUCAUUUUUUUUUGUUUUGUUUUUGGUCCGUAAAAGUGUGUUAGCAUCCGACCAAAAUAAAAGUUUAUGAUUGUUAGUGAUUCGAAUUGAGUGGAAUUGCUUUCGUGGAAUUACUGGAUUGUGAUUUGUUAACUAGCUGUUUGCAAAAAAAACCGUCGCUAUGCAGCACCAUCCAGGAUCCUGGUACAUACCGUGGGGUGUCCCGGGGAUGGGCCUUCAAAAGAUGCUGGCGGUUCCGUUUAAUCCCGCUACCGCCGGUUAUCAUCAGCCUCAGAUCGCGGCAGCGGCAGUCCAGUCACCGUCACAGGUGCAAACCGCCAGCCAUCAGCAGGCAAGCCAACAGGCUGCCUCCUAUCAGCAUCAACUGCAGCAUCACCCGGCUGCGGCAUUACACAAUCCGGCCGCGGCGGCUGCUGCUGCCGCUAUGCAGCAUCAGCAUCAACCGUUGCAUCCGGCCGCGGCAGCAGCCAUGUUUACCCCGUUAACCCUGCGCAGUUUCAUGGCCCAUCCACAUCUCAAUCUCGGCCAGCAGCCGAUUGCGACGGCUCAACAGCCCCAGCAUACGCCCUCGAUUCCGGGCACCCCACCGACGCAGUCACAGCUGACGGCGCUCGGUUUGAACGGGGCCAUCGGAGCCAUCAUUCCGAUGCGACAGCAACAACAACAACAACAACAACAGCAGCAGCAUCAGCAACAACAACAGCAGCAAUCCCAACAGCAACAGUGUCAACAGAAGACACCUUCCAGCAUAUCGACCGGAACGCUCAUCAUGCCGAUGAGAAAGAUCCUUAUGUCCGAGAAGGACAAAACCAAGCUGGUUUCGACAGAAAAACGAAAAGCUGACGAAAGUGAGCCUGUGAAAGAUCUCAAAAAGGCAAAACUGGAAACCAAAGCAUUAAAAGCCAAACGACCUGGCUUCACGGAUGAGCGGUACCACGAAACGUCCUAUUACAUCGAAAAUGGCUUGCGGAAAGUGUACCCCUACUAUUUCACCUUUACGACGUUCACCAAGGGCCGCUGGGUGGGCGAAAAGAUACUGGAUGUGUUCGCCCGGGAGUUCCGGGCCCACCCGGCAGAGGAGUACGAACGGUGCAUCAAGGCCGGGACGCUGACUGUGAACUACGAAAAAGUGCCAACAGACUAUAGGUUAAAGCAUAACGAUCUCCUGGCCAACAUCGUGCACAGGCACGAGACGCCCGUUCUAGCUCACCCCAUCAAUAUUAUCUAUGUCGACAACGAUCUCGUAGUGUUGGACAAACCCUGCUCGUUGCCGGUCCAUCCGUGCGGUCGCUACCGCCACAACACGGUGGUGUUCAUCCUGGCCAAGGAGUACAACCUGAAGAACCUGCGGACCAUCCACCGGCUGGACCGGCUGACUUCGGGUUUGCUGCUGUUCGGGCGCAGUCCGAAAAAGGCCCGCCAAAUGGAGCACCAGAUACGGAACCGGCAGGUCCAGAAGGAGUACAUCUGCCGGGUGGAGGGCGAAUUUCCGGAUGGCAUCAUAGAGUGCAAGGAACCGAUCGAAGUGGUCAGCUAUAAAAUCGGCGUGUGCAAGGUUUCACCCAAGGGCAAGGAAUGUACCACCAUCUUUCAGAAGCUGGGCUACAACGGCACUAGCAGUGUGGUCUUGUGUAAGCCACGUACCGGACGGAUGCACCAGAUCCGUGUGCAUCUGCAGUAUCUCGGCUUUCCGGUGGUGAACGACCCGCUGUAUAAUCAUGAAGUUUUUGGUCCGGCCAAGGGACGAGGUGGCGACAUCGGUGGCAAAAGUGACGAACAGCUGGUGAAGGAUCUAAUCAACAUUCACAACGCGGAAAAUUGGCUAGGAAUUGACGGUGACUCGGAGCUGUCGAUGUUUAAACCGAUGAAAAAUGACUUGGACGAUGGAAAAGGACCAAUUUUGAGUGACGAUGAUUCGGAGAGUGUAUCGCGGGAGGCUUCACCCUGCUCGGAAAGCCCACGGCCGGUUUCGCUAGGCAGCGAGAGUCCGAACGAGAACAUGUGUGCCUCGAUGUUGGCGCCAAAUGCGUUGAACGUCGUCGGAAGUGCCAACACCGGCAGCAGCAACAACAGCAGUUCCGUCGCACUCAGCACCAGACUGCAGUCACAGAAGGUCACCGUUGCAACCCAAACGGGACACGAGUCGCCCGAUCUGGCAUUCAAUCCGGACAAGAUGACCACGGACAAACACUGCUACGAGUGCAAGGUGCGCUACAGAGAUCCGAAGCCGCAGGAUCUGGUCAUGUACUUGCAUGCCUGGAAGUAUAAGGGACCCGGCUGGGAGUACGAAACCGAACUGCCCGAGUGGGCUCGCGUCGAUUGGGCCGAGCACGACUUCGAAUGAAUGGCAACCUGCUGGCACCUGCUGGACUUCGCGGACAUCAAUUGAGUUUUACCGAUGCGAAUUUGUUGCCGGCAGGUUUCUUGCGGAAUCCCGGAGGAGAAUUAAGAAGAAAAAAAAUACAGAGCACAACCUCCUCCUUUUUUUCUAACGUAAGCUAAUAGCACUGUGACCAAAUAACUGACAAUGAGAGCGUGCGUGUGUGUGAUUCGAUCCAGUGUUCCGAACAGUGAUCCGAUCUUCCUUGUGCCACCCCGUGGGGGAUUGGAACCCAUUGUGUGCUGUGUAAGGAAGUACAUAAAAGACAUAAUAAUAGCCAAAGCUAGAUUUUCUUUUUGGCAACCAAGGAUAGCCAACUGUAAGUUGAGGCGAGAACGAGAGCUCCGAAUAAAGGAAGGCACUUUUCAAGUGACAUCACUCGACGAGAUAGAGAAAAGAACAGAAGGCUUAGAGAAUAGUUUCCUAACUUUAGAGUGUUCAUGCAAGGGUGAAGACAUUAUUACUAGUAAAUGGGAUGAAGCAACAAGCAGCAAAAAAAAACAAAAAAAAAAAGAAAAGCGAUUAUGUUUAUGUAGUAGAUGUUACGACGAGAGAGGACGAACGCUUCAUUUUUAUAAGCAUACUUUUUUGAUAGCUGAAGAGGUCUAAUCGUAAUCUAAAUGAAUUAGUUAAGAUUGCGAAAUUUAUGCACAUUCGAAAUGUGAAUAACCAUCAGGAUAAGUCGAAAAUACCAUUACACCAUAGUAGGCAAGCUAUGGGAAAGUUCGUCCAUAACGGUGGGCUACACAGGCCACUUCUGCAAUUCAACAGGCUCCAAUAGUAAAACUUUUUAUUUUCAUUUCACCGCCGCCUUUGAUUCUCUGUUUCCCAAGACGCAUUGCAAAUUGUUAAAUUAGACAGUGAAACUCACGUGACAGAUUGUCUCCGACCAGUGUACGAUCCGGCAAAUGAAAUUGUUUUCCGUCGAUGGCCACGCUGCUCAUUGUCGGAAAACACUUUAUAACUGUCACUUCAUGUGGUCUCAUUUGUUGCGAUUUUAAUUAAAAUGAAAUGGAUUUUUUUUUUCAACAUUGCCAAUAUUUACAUUCAGCUGUUUCAUCAGGACUUCGAGUAAGAAGCAGUAUGAGGUGAAGCUGAACAUUAAGUGCUAAUUUGUGUCAAUUAAUACGGAUAAUUUCAAGCGCGCGACAAAAAUGCAUUUCGUUCGAUUCACGCGAAUUCGGCUUCGGUGUUUCCCAUUCUUUGAUGUUGAAAAGGGAGAGAAGAGGGGGAUGGUCACGUUGGGUGUCCUGAUGAAUGAUAUUGCAGCUUAUUGCACGGACCAUAUUGAAAUAUGUUCCAACGAAUUGCGAUUUCGCAGAAUCUGUUUCGGGCUUCUUUGGUGGGACCGUUCGGGAGAGGCUUCGGGGGAACCGAGAGGUUUUAAAUAAACUGUGUGAUUGUGAUUCGACAAAAGAUGCGAAUUGUGUCAUGGAUCGAAAUAUAUGGGUCGUAAAAUUUAUUGCUUUUAUUAGCUUUUGUUGAAUGUUUAACGAUUAUGUUUCAAUUUCACCUCAAAUUUGUCAUCAUAUCCUCAUUCAGUUCAUUACUUCUGCUGAGGAUUGAAUCUACAUGAGCGAGGGUUGACGGCAAAACGGCAAAGUGUGGCAUGAUUCCAACAUUCUUCCUUUUUCAAUUUGUGCUCCUUGGUAAAUUGAGCCUAGUGGAUUCUGAUAUUUUUGCUCACUUGAACCUCUCAUCAUUUAUCUGUUAACGCUUAACGUUCUCUGAAUUAUUUGUAAUGUUUUUGUGGUGCAGUAACGACCAAGAAUCGACAUAUUUAAUCUCGAAUGUCUUUACCCGAUAAACGACAGAAAAAUAAUUACAUUCAGCAAUCGGAUAAGGCUUUUUUUCGUGCUUCCAAUGUAAGAGCAUACGUGAUGUGUUGUAACUCUUCAUCAAUGUAGUGCAAGGGAAGAAGUAGUUAAUUUUGUAAGGUGUUUUUAGUGCAGAAACAACCAAAUAUCUUUUGUGUUUCGUAGUAGCAUUUGUUAGGGAGACGCAGGAUGCGUUUUAUAUCAUUCGACCGCGAUUCAUGAUGUUUCUCACUUUAUAUUGAAGAUUAAAUUCAAAUUAUAAAAUUCACACCAUUAUUGUAUUCCCUGACCGUUUACGAAUCCGCCAACCCUUAAUUUCCGUUUAUUAUCUGUCGUUAAUCACAGCUUCAGUUUAGUGCAAUUCGCAGAUCAAAUCCAACAAAAUAAACGAAAGGAAUAAAAUAAACUUCUUAAAUUCUCAUAUGCGCAAAUUUUUGUAUCACACUUUAGUAGAUCGUUCGAAUUAUCAAAUCCUUAGAACCACUGGGUUUUUGCCUUCCAGCAUAGCUGUCGCACGUUGACAUCUUUUCCCAACAACUUGCACAAUUCCAAUAUUUAGCGUGUCUUUUACUGUCGUAAGUGCCAGUUACAUCUGUCUAGGUUUAUUCGAUUAACCCUUCGCCCCUGGCAGCGAGGUCAGAGAACUAAAAUUUACUUAGCAGAUACAUCUGAGCAAAUUUAAAGAUUAAUGUUUGAUUCGGUGAAAUGGCUAAUGACAUAAUGAUUGUUCAGUAAAACUGCUUUUUGCAUAAUGACUCUUUCGAAGAAUUUCGCAAUAUGUACAACUUCGCUUCCAGAAUUGUAGUAUUUAUACUAAGGAUUGACUUAUUGGCGACAAAUAUAUUCUUCCACACAAUUAAAUAACCCGGAACAAAUAAGUGUAAAAAAAACAUAAUUUUGACCUGAACCAACCGAAAUAAUGCACUUGCUUUGCUUCCUGUUCAGUGAACUGUAAAUAUAUCAAGUGUUAACCUUUCAUGCCUACCAGAGAUGCCAGGUAAAAAUUUCAAAUAUCUUCAGGCAGGGUUGCAAAAGUCUGUAUAUCCGAACAAAAAAAAAUCUGACUUGGCGAGCAAAAAAAAGGUUGCCUUAAUUUCAUAAGUCUGUAAAUUUUGACGAAAGUCUGCGCAAAACUAGACUAGAAAAGUCUGCACAACAAAAAAUGUCUGCAGCACUAUGUACGAAAUCUGCAGAUUUACAGACAAAUCUGCAGAUCUGGCAUCUCUGAUGCCUACCUAGGUACGGCAAGAGUUUUAUUCUUUGAUACUCGUUGAUACCAAACUUAUCAGAAAAGUUUAAUUUUAUAGUUAUUUGUGAUUAUGUCAUACAAUUGAAAAUGUUAUCAAAAUUGAUGAUCAUAGGGCAUGUAGCAAAAAUUAUGUUGAUACGUUAGAUACAACAAGAGAUAUUUAUGAUCAAAAACUUAUCACUCUCUCACAGGGUAAAUUUUGAAAAGGCGCCCCAUAGUAAAGUAAAUCGUAUUCACGACAAAAAAUAUUUAACCGCAUUCAACCUCAAAUCAGGUCAAUAGAACUCAACAGUUGAGUGAGUAUAACUUACUAGGUAAUAGUAGGUGUAAUAGUAAAUUUUUUAUGGGCCUUGCAGAAAGUAAAGUCAUGGUAUUACAUUCCUGUAGUGGAAUUCGACCUUCUGUUUCAACAGACUUCGCAGCCAAUUCAGACUGUACAGAACCAUUGCAUGGCUGGUGCUACGAUUCUACUGACACUACGAAUUCUUCCAGGUCGGGGCUCGAACAUACGACAACUGGUUUGCAAGACCACUGCCCUAUGCAUUGAACCGUCAACCCGGGACGAAAAUUUCUACAUUUCCCUUCAUCCUAAAAUGAGUUAAUUCAAUAUAGCUCCGAAAUCUGAUGGAAACUCCCCAAAAUUUUGUAAUUUUCUUGUUCCGUGUACGAGUUCCGCGCCAAGCUAGAACGCCAUGUUGAAUUUGAUAAGAUCGGGACAUCAAUUCUUAAAAAAUUGGUACGCGUUAUAUGAUUCAAUGAAACGAGGUCAAUUUUAAAACUUUCAAGCAAUUAUCCAUAGAAAUUAGCGCAAUAUUUGAGAAAUCCUCGGUCAAAUCUGCUAACCUUGAUUCCCUAGUGAACCAGAGAUGCCAGGUCAAAACUUCGAAUGGCAUACACACUAAACUUCGUUCGGUAUUUUUUCCAUCUUUUGAUGAGUUUAGAACAGCCGAACUACCGAGCAUUUUCAUUCUACUGAUAUAUCAGCACAAAUAAACAUAUGUUGACAGCAGUACUUUAAGGUACCGCUGUGAUGAAAGUUUAUUUUUACUGAAAAAAUCAGCUAUCGAGGUAAUCCAAUUUAAGUGUGUACACUUGAAUUAGAUUACCGGCCUCAGCUGUUCAAACCUCGGUAGCUGAUUUUUCAGUAAAAAUAACAUUUCAUCACAGCGGUACCUUAAGGUACUGCUGUCAACCUAUAUUUAUUUGUGCUGAUAUAUCAGUAGAAUGAAAAUAUUCAGUUCGGUUCGGCUGUUCUAAACACGUCAAAAGGUGGAAAAAAUACCGAAGUUUAGUAUGCAGCAAGCAGAUUUGCCAGUAUAUUUAAAACACAGAUAGCAGAUAUACAGACUCGAACAAAAUUUUUCAAAAUUUUGUGUAAAUUUCAAAUUUGUUAUACGUUUGAAAUACUAAUGCCACCUAUUCGACUGUUCGCAGCGAUCUUUCAAAACGUUCCACUACGCUCCGGAACGAUAACAAAAUCCUCCUGCCUGUUAUAGCAAUAUUUCAACUACAAGAGUUUUAACACUUAACUUCCUAAACAUUAAAGGCAACUUUCUCCAUGUUGCAUAAAGCACACGAGAAUUCGAUCGGAAUAAAACAAAAACAAACUUGUCAUUUUAAUCAACCGCAAAACAAAAAUCUAGCUUGAGUGAAUGUUGCACCAAAAAAUUGUGGCUCAUGUGAAAGCGGCACCCAAAUCGUGGUGGCACCUUGUGUUGACCGUGGUGACAUCCGCAAGUGUUCGCCAUGCUGAUUGAGCAAAUUUUACACACAGCUCAUAUGUGAACCUGUAUAUCUGUUAUCUGUGCUUAAAAUCACGUGUUUUCAUGAUAACAGCCAAUGAACCCUUUUUCAAUAUACACGGAACCGCAAAACAACCUAAUUUUAAGUACAUUCCACCCAAAUUUGGGGGUACCGCUCAAUAACCUAAUUUUAGGUAGAGUGGCUCUAGGUAGUUUCCGUAAGGCACCUGCAAAACAAAAGACUUAAAGAUGAGCUAUAUCUACACAACGGUAAGUUAUAUUUACUCUACAGUUGAGUCGUAUUGACUUAAUUUCAUUUUGAUACGGUUUACUUCAUUUUAGUUUAUUGAACGAAACUCUCAUUAUUGGAUGGUUUUGCUCUUUGUAUUUUGACAACAACGGAAGGAGCGAAUGAAAGAAAAGAUUAAAAAUCUCAAAAUUGAGCAAAAAGAAGUCAAAUAAUAGGUAGUUUUUAUUCUCCGUGUACACUAAAACAGAGAUUCCAAGUUCACAGAUUAAUCUGUGUUUCAAAGAUUUUCAAUUUUCUACACAGUUAUUAAAAAUGACACAGAUUUUCACAAAUUUCAGAAAUCCAUCACAGACUGGCCAUGAGCCCCAAAACAUCUUCAACUUGCUAGGGAAAACUGAGAGAAAAUCAAUAUCCGACAGAGUUGUUGGAAGUAUCGAGACCUUUUGUUUUCGCCGCCAAAAUCAUUCCGAUCAGCUAUUAUGUAAUGGGAAAUGUUGCACAGAUUUUGCACAGACUGUUUUUUUGGCUUGAUCACAGAUUUUUGAAAAAAUAUGACCUGGCGCUCUUGCACUGAAAUAGAACUCCGACGAAUUUGUUGCGUACUUGUGCAUUUCCUCAAUCACACAUUUUCUAGCACAAAUAAAAGUGAAUAGAUUCAACGCAAAUAUUGUUUAUCCCGUAUUACUAAAGUUGUGUUGUUUUACGUUGAUUUCAGAAUUCUGACAAAUGAGAGCAGUUUGGAGCAUUUUAUACUUUUGCUUCAGUACUCUUUCAUGUUAGACAACUCGAUUUAGUGUUAACUGCACAGUACUAGAAGUAACAAAAUUUCGUCACGAAUGAACACUAUUAACCAAUGAAAUUUAUUGUCGUUUAGCUGUCAAAACAUGCUACUUUUUCGAUGAGGUUAGGUGAAGUCCAAUAUACACGCAAAAAAUAUGUUUUGAUAAAAGUCCAAGCUAAGAAUAAAAAAAAAACAUCUGUCGCACUAGAUCCAACAAAUAAGUAGCAUAAAUCAUAAGUCAAUUUUGUCAAAUAGAAAAAUUAUUGACUCAGCAAAUGGAAAAAGCUCAAAAAUGUCGGUUUCCCUUCGUUUACGUUGCAGCCGUACUACGCAAAAUUAAAUUGCAAAAUCCCCGAAAGCCUCUCUCUCCCGUACGAUGUCACCUGGAACUGAUGCGAACUGAUGUAAUUCAACGUCGAUUCACUGCAUUUAUUUUGAUCACUUUUCUGUAGUCCAUAUUACUACAAGCUAUUAUUUUUGCAGUAUGCUAAUGAAAAUAAUAAAAAAAAAUACAACCAAAACGAGCACGAUCCGUUCUGUUUCGGGAGAGUGGAAUAAAUAAACCACUGUUUCACUGCUUGCUUGUUUAAUUGUGUUGGAUUAAGUUAUCCUUUUACCCAUUGGCAAUUUUUUAUCCACUAGUUUUAAUAUUGUUACGAUGCAGAAUCAAAAAUAACACACACAAAAAACAAACAUGCGAUUGGAUUCGGUCCGGAGGAAAAAAAACAUGAAUGACAAUAUAGCAAACGAUAAAGAAAAAACUUGCAGAAAAUUUCAGCAGAAUAAAUAUUUUUAAUACAAAAAGAUGAGAGCAGAUAUCUACAUAACCACGUUUACGAGAUUAUUUGUAGUUUGUUCUCAACGUUUUCGAUAGUUUUGCAAACAAUAUUUAAUUUUUAAUAUAAGAAAACUAGUUCCGUAGUAGCCGCUAUCAGUCGAUGGAUUUUCAAACGGGCGUCAAAAUUAAAAUUACCGCAAAAAAAAACGUGAAAUACCGAGAUCAAACUUCUCUAGUGAUAUGUAGGAAACACUGUAAAUAUUGUUCAUCAAAACUAAAUCGCAACUGGUCAUGGCAGGUCUUGACUAAUGGCAGGAGUAGGUUUGAACAUAAGAAAGUGUAUGAUUCGUUUGAACAGUUGUUGAUCUUGGCUUCCAAAGAAUGUCACUGCAGAUUACCAUUCGGUCCGGUUGAUUUUCUCCAAUUCUUAGUAGUCAGGAUCUAUUGAUCGACCAAAGCCGGAGCUGUGUAGGGAGCUCAGAACCGAGCCGUAAAAUAAAUUCCAAAAUACACAUACUUUCAGUGCAGCGAGCAGAGAUAAAAGCUUUCAACCCACACUCGGUUAGGCAACUCCAAACAGCUGAGAAAAUGCCAAAAUUAAAAUAAAACGAAUGCUUGAAGGACAAGUAGCGAAGUAAAUCUAAAAAAAAAGAUUCUUAAAAAGACAUAGUUUCAUUUAAAAAAUGUAGCAGAAACACAAUUGUUGAUAAUAGAAACGCGCGAAAGGUGCAGCAAGCGUGGGAAAAGUUGUCCGUUUAUCUUUAAUAUGUGUUGGUCUAUGCUAGUGUUGAUUUUGUUUUCUUUCUGUGAAAUAUUUUCGAUAACAGUUACGAUAGGGAGGAAGUAUGCUGACAAGUAGAUCCGGAAAGGUGACAGCUGUCGAUAAGAAACAUUUUCAGUCCGGAGACCACCAUCUUCCGUGUCUUUGAUUUGAUGCUGGAUGGAAGGAGGAAGCAAGGGGGGGGGGGGUUGUAUUACAGGUCAGCGCUAGACGAAAGUAAGUUUGGCGCUGUAAUCUCGAGGGAGAGGAAUGGGAUGCGAUCUCGUACCGGAAGCUGUCGAAUGAUGGUUUGAUUUGUUGGCUGGCUUUCGAACUUUACGAAGUUCUAUCCGUUUGAUUGCUUCGUGACAAAUUUUUCCUCUCCUGGGGGAGAUUCAUUUUCGGAUGGAUGGAUCUUUAAGCGAACCCCCUAUCGUCUAUUUGUAUCAGCAGAUCCAGUAUCCAAUGAGGCAAUGGAGAAAUGAUCUACUAUGACAAUAUAUUUUAAACGAUAGCAGAAAUUAUCGGAUUCACCUUACACGAAACGUGAAGCAUUAAACUAUAUAGAACCUAAAAAAGACAAAUUCUAGAUAACGAAACUGCGAAUAUAUAAAAAAAACUAAUUAUUUUAAUUUAUAGCUGCUACGGUAGUUAGUUAGUGUUGAUUAUGUUGUAUUUAGUUUGUAGUUUUGCCAGUUGAUUGUUGUGCGCCAACAACUAAAGAAACCGUGUUUUCUCUACAUUGUUAUCAAUUUGUAUCCUGCCGUCUUUCGUUGUUGUUUUUUUCAUGAACUCCUCGGACAGUUGUCGUAGGAACAUUUAUUGUAGCUGUAGUCGGUAGAUAUUUGUUAGUUUCAACACAUGUUUAGUUGCGUAAAAUGACGAACAGCCCAAUCAAUGUUUUAGUUGUGUAAGAAUUCAUUUUGAACUCAUUUAUCAUCAAAUUUCGUACAUACAAUUAAAUAAUUUAUAUUUGUUUGCUGUGUUUAUUACGUAAUCGAUACUCCUAGGCGAUGCAAUGUCACAUGUUGAAACAAUAAAGUAUGAUUUGCUCA